CGGCUCACGCCGCUCCGCGUCUCGUAUUGUUCUCUCUUCAUACGUGUUCGCGACAAUUACAACGGGAAGAAACCGCGAUCGCUCACUGUGAAUAACCGGCAAGACAAACAUCUCGCGUGAUUCACACGUGAAAUCUGUACGUCCAAAAAUCAAAGUGCUCGCUAACUUGAAGUUAUUAUACAUCUUCAGUGCGAUAACAACAGGUUCGAAAUACACAAAGUGCGGCCGGUGUAUAGCAUUGCCGUGGCGUGAAGUAUCCGCGCAAUCUUCGAAUCCUUCCAUCCGUUGCGCUGACUUGCCAGAUGUCGUGGGUCUCGAAAGGAUCUUAACUUUCCUCGCGCUAUUCUUUUAUCGUGACUAAGUACAGCGCGUACAGUUAGUACCGGGAGUGCCGUGUAAAAUCCCGCACGAUCGCAAUUAACCGGUUUUUUCCGCGAGUGAAUAUUGUGUGUGCGAGUGUUUUGUGCAACGACGAAGGAAGCCAAGGAGAGGACGAGGCAACGGGCGAUCGCGGAACAACCAUGCGAGAGGGCCGAUUGACACAAAAAUGACGGAUACUUUCACGCGGAGAUCGAUUUAACGCCGUUCCAAGAUGUACGCCGAGUGGCAAAAGGGUGAAUUGGUGUGGUUCGACCCCGGCGUCGGCCAUGUGCUGCCAGGCGAGGUUCUGGAAUACCACAGAGCCGCCAAUGUACUCUCGGUCCAAGCGGUGAUCGCCGGCAAGCCGCAAGUCUUCACUCUCACAAACCUGAGCGGAGUGAAGCCCAGGCAGGACUUAGGCCAAAAUGGUGUGGAGGACAUGAUUCAGUUGACGGAUCUGAACGAGGCGUCGUUACUAUGGAACUUGAAGAUCCGUUACGACAAGGAAUUAAUUUACACGUACACGGGAAGUAUCCUCGUGGCGGUGAAUCCGUACAAAAUGUUCGACAUCUACGGAUUGGAUCAAGUGAAGCUUUACGAGGGACGAAUCCUCGGUACACUCCCACCGCACUUAUUCGCCGUGGGCUCCUCCGCGUACAGUCAGGUGACAGCAGCCAAUAACUCCAGUGCCAAUCAGGUAGUCGUCAUUUCCGGCGAGUCCGGCUCGGGGAAGACGGAGUCUACGAAGCUGGUGAUGCAAUAUCUCGCGGCCGUCAAUCGCGCGCCGAACAAUCUCGUCACCGAACAGAUCCUGGAAGCGACGCCGCUCCUGGAGAGCUUCGGGAAUGCCAAAACGCCGCGGAACGACAAUAGCAGUCGAUUCGGGAAAUACCUGGAGGUUCACUUCAGAGACGGCGCGAUCGUAGGCGGUAGAAUAACGCAAUAUCUUCUAGAAAAGAGUAGGAUAGUAACUCAGGCUUCGGAGGAGAGGAACUACCACGUGUUCUAUGAACUUCUAGCUGGACUCGACCAGCAACUCAGGGAUAAAUACGGCCUGCUUACACCGGACAAGUAUUUUUAUUUAAACCAGGGCGGAAACUGUGAGAUCGACGGCAAGAGCGACGUGCAGGAUUUCAAGGCGCUCUUGUCGGCCAUGCAGGUUCUCGGCUUCUCGUCCGAGGAACAGGACACGAUUUUCAAGAUCCUAGCCAGCGUGCUGCAUCUAGGAAACGUUUACUUUCACCGGAAGCAAAUGAGGCACGGCCAGGAAGGUGUGGAAGUCGGUUCCGACGCUGAAAUACGCUGGGCGGCGCACCUUCUUCAAGUAAAUUCCGAUGGCAUCAUCCGAGCACUCACUACCAAGACGACAGAAGCACGGAACGAGAGAGUCUUCACGGCUUUGAAUAUCGACCAAGCCCUCGACGCCAGGGACGCUUUCGCGAAAGCCUUAUACAGUUCGCUCUUCUCGUGGCUAGUCGCGCGCGUCAACCACAUCGUCUACAAGGGCACGAAGCAGACGGCCGCCAUUUCGAUCCUCGACAUCUUCGGGUUCGAAACCUUCACGGAGAACAGCUUCGAGCAGCUGUGUAUCAACUACGCGAACGAGAACCUGCAGUUCUACUUUAACAAGCACAUCUUCAAGCUCGAGCAACAGGAGUACGCGAAGGAGAAGAUCGAUUGGACUACCAUCAACUACACGGAUAACUUGCCGGUCAUCCAUCUGAUCGCGAAGAAGCCGGUGGGUAUUCUUCACCUGUUGGACGACGAGAGUAACUUCCCUAAGGCGACGGAUCUUUCUUUCUUGGAGAAAUGCCAUUACAAUCACGCGCUGAGCGAACUGUACUCCAGGCCUAGAAUGAACUCCGCCGAGUUCGCCAUCAGGCAUUACGCCGGACAGGUCUGGUACAACGUUGAGGGUUUCCUAGACAAGAACAGGGAUACAUUGAGACCGGAUGUAGUCGAGUUGCUGAUCAGCAGCAAGAUUUCGAUGGUCAGCAAGAUGUUCCAGCACGUCAGAAACACUCAUGAAGCUAAUAAAACUAUGAACAAACCGAACGGCAGAUUCGUCACCAUGAAGCCGAGAACCCCGACUGUUUCGGCUCGAUUUCACGAUAGCCUUCAGCAACUCUUAGAGUCUAUGUCUCAAUGUAAUCCGUGGUUUGUUCGCUGCAUCAAGCCGAACACGGAGAAGGCACCGAUGAAAUUUGACAUGCCCUGCGUGCUCGAACAAUUAAGAUACACGGGCAUGUUGGAGACGAUCCGCAUCAGGAAAACCGGCUACCCGGUUCGCCUUCUGUUCGGACACUUCGUGGAUCGGUAUCGUUACCUUGUUUCGACGCAUUUGCCCAGGGGAGCGCCCAACAAAGAGCUCUGCAGAAUAAUCUUGGACAAAGCGGCUCCGAAAGAGGCGCAGUCCCAGUACCAGCUCGGACUCACACGAGUGUUUUUACGCGAAUCGCUGGAGAGAGCCCUGGAAUAUAACAGAGCGUUGAUUUUGGAAAGAGCGGCCAUCACAGUCCAGAGAUACACGAGAGGCUUCUUGGCACGCAGAAGAUUCCUCAAUAUUUCCCGCAGCACAGUUCUGAUACAAGCAGUGUAUCGCGGAUACCGCGAACGUAAACAGUUCCGCGCGAUGAGGAAGGGUGCCCUGAUGGCGCAGAAAUUAUACAGAGGUAGGAAGCAACGGGAGACGUUUAAGGUAUUGAAGGAUGAGAUGGUGAAGAGAGCGGAAAUCGAGAGAGCCAGCAAGGAACGCGCGAAGGCGAAGCAGCAACGGGAGGAACAGGAAAGGACCUCGCGAGCCGUUGCCGGUGUGAACCAUUUGGAAAUCCCCGCGGAACUAGCCUUUAUUUACAGCAAACUUGACGACUGGCAACCCACACAUACCGAACGAAAUCUCCUCAAGGUUGUCGGCCAAGUCAUCUCGAUGAACUACACCUACAAUCUGCCACCUGACAUCGAUCAGUAUCAAUUCUCGAAGUUCACCAACAUUUAUUUCAAGAGCCAUAUAUUUGGGAUGAAGCGCGAGCCGAUCAAGACGCCGUUCCUGGCGAAGGCACGCGAUCAGGACUACACGGACUCCCUGAUGAUCUUUAAAAUGAUACUGCGCUUCAUGAAUGAGAGUAAUCUUAACGGCAAACGCGAACAAGCAUUGGGCGACUACAUCGUUAACAAGGGCAUCGUGAACGAGAAGCUGAGGGACGAGAUACUGUGCCAGUUGGCGAAUCAAACCUGGAAGAACGAGAAUGACGCCAACAAGGAGAGAGGCUGGCUACUGCUGUCCAAUUGCUUGUCAGCGUUCCAGCCCAGUGCCACGCUCUUCAAGUAUCUUCUCAAAUACGUCUCCGAUCACGCCUAUGACGGCUACAAGGCCUACUGCCAGCGCAAACUGUUGCAAGGCGAGAGAACAGUGUAUCGUAUGAUGACCAAUAAUCAGCAAACGGUGCACCAAGUGCCCAGGAAUUAUCCACCGUGCGUUCUAGAAUGGCGAGCCAACAGGAAUCGCGUAAACAUGGCGCUCAACGUUGGUUUCUACGACGGUGAGACAACUACGUGCGCCAUAGAUUCCUGGACGACGUGCGAAGAGUUGGCCAAUCUCGCGGUUCGGAACCACGGGGUGGAGAACACCGGUUGGACCAUCACGCUCUGGAAUCAACUGGACGGCCCGGACGCUAUCGUGACGGAGACUAACGGUUUCGACUACGUCCUGGACUUGAUCUCGGAGAUGGAGUUGGCGCCAGCUUUCCCCGCCGCCAAGCAUAUGUUCUUGGAACAGCGCAAGAACAGUCUGCCACCCAUAAAGAAACGAGAGCACGUCCAAGUUAUUCGGGAGUUGGAACAGGAAAUGGAAAUCCCUAUCUUAAAAACCUUCCAGCCUUUGGAGAGGAAAUCAGUGCCAAAAGCAGUUGACAAGUCUGUUGAGUUAGAGAUUCAGGUACCCAGGCGGCCGAUAGUUCCUCCGCCGCAGCCACCCGUUACAAAACUUCCCAUACGAAAGCAAUCGCACGAGGCCAUUUUGGAGACCACGGCGGAAAUGGGGUUGUCGAGGAAAUCCGCCCUGAACGACCGCUACUUCGAGAAGGAGAAGCAGCGCAGCCGAAGUUUGGACAAUCUACUUCAAUCGGAGGUCGUACCUUCCCCGGUGAAACUCGCCAAUCUCGGACUCUCCUCGUCUAAGUUGAACGAACGGUACCAUAGUUUGGAAAGAAUAGGCGAGACUCCGGCGGUCAGCAACGUUGAGUACAUGACGCGCAGCGAGAUCUCGCAAGAGAGGAAGUACAGCAGGGUCACAAGGACGACGGAGCCCAACAUCGAGGAGGAGGAUCUCACGAUUGACUUUGAAUACCCGGAUAUUCAGUCCGUUAGUCAAACCGGAAGAUCGGAGGACGAUAAGAGCUACAUAAGGUCGCAGACCAGGUUCAUCAAGUCGCAAUAUCCUGGCAAACGCGCGCUGCCAGGGAGCCAGUCUAGUCGCGCUUACAUCGAGAAGAGUGAAUACGGAGUAAAAUCGUCCGCCAUGUCCGAUACCAGCGAAGCGCCUUCUUUGGCGUCGCACGUGCGACGCGUGAGAGUGCCGAGCCAAGCUUCUGACGUGGAUCAGUUCCUGGAUGAGCUCUUUAUGCCCGUAUUGGACGGCAAUCUCGAUGAAUUAUCGGAUGCCCGCAGUUUGGCCGCUUCGAUAAAAGGCUCAUAUGACACUAGGCCAUCCGGCGAUGAAACAGUUCUUGAGAAUAUGCAGAGAAUCGACAGUCGAGCUACCACAGUAGCCACAGUCGAUGACUUCGUUGAGAAAAUAAUAGCGAGAAACGAAGAUACGAAGCUCAGCGCGGGCGAACUGUCAAAGAGGAUCAAGGGAGGCGGCAACAUGGACAUCCCUAAUCAGAACGCGGCCUUCAACUUCAGUCCGAUCGCGCAGAGCAUGAUGUCACCGCCGAUGAUGAUGCCCAUGUUCAGCCCCACUCAGCAGGUCCCCUCCGGGCAGAAUUCUAGCAUGAGCAUGGGCGCGAGUUUCAUGCCCAUUCCGAUCUACAGCAUGCAAGGACUCAGCUUACCCCAGUACCCCAACUCACCGCCUGGGCAGAGCAACGAGAUGGUGGCGUACCAGCAGAAUCUCCAGCGAGCCUUCCUGCAGAGCGCAAUGGCGCAGAAUAUUCAAAUACAGCAGCAGCUACUAGCGCAGAAUCAGGCUCUGCAGCAGUUGUUGGUCCAGAGCCCGCAAAACUCGACACAGCAACCGAGCAAGGUGUUACCCGCUGGUUCCUCAAGCAUGAAUCUUGUCCCCCCAGCCCUCCCAAUCGGUGCCCAUACGGGGCCCAAUGAUUCUAUCGGACGCUACUCCAAGGUCUCGUUUAGAGACCCCGACGACGGCGAAUUAUGGUCAACUGAGAAACGGGGAACGCCCGUGCUGACUUCCACUCCGACGAAUCAGCGGCAGGAAACGAUGACGGUAAAGGCUCAAAUUCAUCGGUCCCAGAGUCCGCCCAGGAAGAAUGCCGAGGUUACCAGGAAGACGAGCAUCGAUUACGCGCGGAAGAUCAGCGUGGAUCGAAAGAUGGUAGAUAGGAAGCCGUCAUCGGCACAGGCGGAAAUGAAGAGGGCCAAUUUAAAUAAGAAUAACAUACAGAGCAACUUCACCAACGUACUCAGCGAGCUGAAGAACAGGAAGAGCAGCGUUGACAGCAAUCCUUCAAGUUUGUGCAACAACAAGGGUGUUCCACCACCCCCGCCGAUGCCUCCACCCUUGGAGUCUCACGAUCCUUCCGAAUCCAGACCGUUCAUCGAUCCGUACGGCAGAGCGAAGACUGUGCGCAUCGGGAAAUGGAGGUGGCCACCGCCCAGCGACUCGAACGAGAAUCAAGGGCAGGACAGCUUCAUCGAAUUCAAGAUGCGCCAGCAACACCAGCAACGCAAGUUAACGCCGCAAUAUCAGGAGUACGAUCAAGGCGACGGCGAAGCUGUGACGGAAGGCGGUGUCGAGUGGGAAGAAUUCGAGAUUGAGAACAUCGUCGGUAACGAAGAUCGGUCCAUGAUCGCGCAUCCGUCAGCGACGAAACACGAGAACGGAUACAAAGAAGAAGGGGAGAAGAAGAAGAAGAAAUCGAACAGGCUCAGAAGGGCGAUGUUGCAAACUGUCGGAUUCUUCCGCAGGUCGGCUUUGGAAGUGGGCGCGCAGAGGCCAUCGCCAGGAAGUAUAGGGAAAUUGAAGCUCAGUUCGGAGAUGAGGCAGAGAUUGGAGAAGGUAACGGCGAAUCAUAGCGUGAGAUCCACGAAGACGGCUGAGAAACCCGCUCUCCCGCGAGAAGACGGAAAGGUCAAACGACUGGAAGACAAUAGGAAGCUUUUGUUAGAGCAACAGCUGGGUGGCAGGUGGGACGAUUACGCUUCCACUGUCGAUGACACCCAAAGCGUUACUUCCAAGGGCACGACCGACAUGAUGACCCAAGCUCAGGUGGUGAGGACACAGAUCGAGAGAAUGGAACGGCCUGUACCGCCUCCGCCGCCCGUCACGCCGCCGCAGCCACCGAGUCCAAGAGGCGGCAGUGUGUACAGUAACAGCCAAUCCGGUGUACCUCAGCCGCGAUCUCCGCCAGCGCCGAUCGAGCCGAAAGCCCGCGAUUCCUUCCGCAUGUCUCCGGACUCCGAGACCUACGAUCACUUCCCGAAGAACCAGAUGUUCAGUCAAAGCCGUGACAUCUUCGCCUCGCAGCAGCAUCUGCGCGACGGUCACGACUACCGAAGCGACUUCGACAAGGCACUCGCUCAGGGCGUCAAGUCCAAGGACUUCUACAGCAAGGACAGCACCGAUCUCGCGAGUUCGGCGCGCGAUCGCAGCUCCGACUUCGACUCGCGCCGCGACCUCAGCUCCGAGCUCUUCGACUCCAAGUACGCGUUCGACGGUUCGACCGGGAAGCGCGAUCCCUUCGGCAUGACCCGGGACGUGUCCCCUAAAUCCCGAGACAGCUUCGGAAUGCCGUCGCCGCGUGACUUCGGCGUGAUCCCGAACACAAGGGAGUCCUUCACCGUCGCGCGGCAGAGCUUCAACAAGCUGGACCGGGACGUGGACAGACGGUCGAGCGUCGCCUCGACCCACCGCACCGACAAGAUGGAGAGAAUCGAGAUCGAGGAGUGGCCGGAGUUCCUCAAGCCGGUGUUACCGCCGGCGGACAAGCCGGAGAUCGAGAAGGUCCAGGAGGUGGUGAACACCAAGCUCUACCCGCAAACCUCCAACGCGCAUUUCACGUACAACCGAGUCACGUGGACUCUGAGAGUCAAGAAAGAAGUUUUCGCGCCCAACGAGACGCUCAACAGCCCCCUGGCGUUGCACCUGGUGUUCUGCCAAGUCGCGUACGACGUGCUGGCGACCUCCAGCAUAAGAAUCACCAAGGAGGACCGGCAGAACAUGCUGAAGAUGCUGGACAACUACGGCGUCACGCUGGACAAUCUCCAGAGCACGCAGCACAAGAUCACGAUCAAGAAAAACAUUGUGGAUAUAGCGAAGCAGUGGCCGUUGUACUUUGCCCGAAUAUUUCCCGUAUCGAUCGGCCCUCAACACCCGGAGACGCAACACGUGGCGGUGUCGCAUCACGGACUUCGGCUGAUCAAGCGCACCCUGAACGGCGAUCUGAUCAUUCUGGAGACCCUGCCGCUGGAGGACAUCGUCUCCGUGAAUUCGUCCAGGUCGGGCGUGUGCGUGCUGCAGAUCGCGUCAGGCGUGCGGCUGCCUCUGCACACGAAUCGCGCCCCGCAGCUGGCGGAGAUGAUCGGCAGAUACAUCAGGCUGAUCGACCAGAAGCCGCACCAGAGGGUCAAUCAUCACGAGAAUCACGUGUCCCAAAUUACGAAGACGAUUCAGUCGCAGGCAAAUCACGCGAAUCACAUUCAGUCCCACAAUCAUUCGAAUCACGUAAUCUCCGAGCACGAGAACCACGUACCGAUCGGUCGCGUGCCCAACCACGUGUCGGCCGUUAAUCAGGCGAAUCAUCAGAAAAACCUGCAAAACCAGCAGCUGAGUCCGAGUCACGAGUGGCGGCAGCCGGACGACAAUGUGCGACUCCAGGAGGACGGUAUCUACGAGAGCGGGCCGGUGGUCAACGACGGCAAGCAUUCCCUCUUGCAGUACGCCAUGCUGAACUUCCGCCAGAGCACAGAAAAAUUCGAGAUGUUGAAGACCGCGGACGGGUCGAUCAGCGGGUCCCUCAAGGUGAUCGAGUCGUUGAAGAGCAAGAAGAAGAACAAGAAGGGCAAGGGCCAGCAGGACGGCACCGAGUGGACCUGGAAGGAACAGGUGGACCUCGUCAAGUACUCCACCAUCCCCAUCGAGCAGAGUCUGCUCAGACUGGAUCCGGACCUGAGCGUUUUAGCUGUGGAGUGCUUCCUGUGCCUGAUGAGGUACAUGGGGGACCAACCGUUGCCGCCUGAGACCAGCGAAGUCAAGUGCGUCUACACCGUCCUCAUGCACUGUCACAAGUACGAGCCGCUGCGCGACGAGGUUUACUGCCAGCUGAUGAAGCAGACCACCAACAACAAGAGCCCGAAUCCGGAGAGCUGCCAGCGCGGCUGGCGGAUCUUCAGCAUCAUCGCCGCCUAUUUCACGUGCAGCGAGGGCCUCAGACCCUACCUGACCAAGUACCUCGAGACGGCGGCGUACGACAAGCGUCGCGCCUACCACGGCACCGCGAUGGUGUGCCUGCAGAACCUGCGGAAGACCGUGAAAUACGGCGGGCGCAAGAACGUGCCCAGCGUGGAGGAGAUCAUGGCGAUCAGCGCGGGCAGGAACGCGAAGAGGCAGAUCUACCGGCUGCCCGGCGGCACCGAGCGGGUCAUUAACACGAAAUGCACGACCGUCGUGCAGGACGUUAUUGAGGAGAUGUGCAACGUCAUCUCCGUGAGAAGCCCGCACGAGAUGGAUGAGUUCUCGCUGUACUGCAUCGUCGACGGCGACGCGUUCACCAUGCCGCUAGCCAGGGACGAGUACGUCCUUGACGUGACUACGGAGCUCCAAAAAAACCACCAGGUGUUCUACUUAAUAUUUUGCAGAUCUGUCUGGUACUAUCCUUUGCGGCUGGACGCAGCGUUGUACAUAGAAGUCGUAUUUAACCAAAUCGCUCCCGAUUACCUGGAGGGACUUUUGCUAGUCCUGCCCGGAGAACAUUUACCUCAGGAAAUAAUUUAUGACAUGGCGCAAAUAGCAGCGCUAUUGCACAGAGCGGCUGACAUGACGCACGAGCCCGCGACGAAGGAGAUUAAAUAUCUGUUGCCAAAACCAGCGCUGAGCUUGAGGGAACCCAGGCCGCAACAGUGGUCGAACAUGGUCCAGCAAGCCUGGAAUAACGUUCAGCACUCUGCGGCGGCUGUUUGCAAGGCGCAGGUGCUCGAAAUAUUGUCCAAGUGGCCACUUUUCGGCUCGAGCUUCUUCGCGGUGAAGAGGGUGCCGGAGGGCAAGGAAAAGGGCGCCGAUCACAUUCUCGCUCUCAAUCGACACGGAGUGCACUUCAUAGAUCUGAUCACGCACGAGACACUGUACCAUUACCCCUACUCCGAGGUGAUCUCCACCAGGAAGGUCAAGUCCGAAGAGGGCACGCUCUACCUCGACAUGAAGUGCGGCAAUCUGAUGCAGCAGCGUAUCACCAGGCUGCAGACGGAGCAGGCCCACGAGAUCUCCCGCCUCAUCAGACAGUACAUCACCAUGGAACAGAGGACAUCCAACGCUCAAGGGGGAGCCGGCAUCGGGCUCGGCAUGAGAUAAGCGUCCCCGUGACGCGGCGUUCUUCCUUCGCGACCGACAUCCGAUCCGGAUUAGUCAAUCUGCAGGGCGGUAACCAAAGCCCUCGAUUAACGUACCGUAACGCAGCGAUAUGUCGCGAGUGUAGCCAGUAUAAGUCACGGCAUUGUUCGUAACGUGAGCUGCGUAAGGUACCGACCUUGAGCUGAAGCUACAGUGGGUACCAAGUAGGAUAAGCCCGUCCCAACGUACCGGUCCGUGCCCUGACGGACGACGGCCCAGCUAAUCCGUCAUCGGGGAUACUUGUAGGACUCGCUGGAAGGAAGGAUCGUGAAGGAGAAGAACGAAUGCUCAAGUAUCUAAAUCGUCCAUCUCGCAUGACUCGAAACGACGGACUUGUAUAGCAUUUAUUUAUACGUUUUAAUGAGUUCAUAAAGGAAAUAAAUGCGAAUAGAAAUUACGUACAUCGCGGCGGUGUAAUAUUAACACACUGAUAUUAACACACGUCCCUGAUGAGUGUUGAACAGGUGACUAACCAUGCAGCGGUUAUAUGUUAUCAUCAGAUUAUUAAUAAUAAUUGUACGUAUAUGCAUAUAGAAGUAUGAGAUGUGAACGAGAAGAUAUUAACUUUAUAUUGAAAUUUUUACGUC